CAACCUGGUCGGUCCCAAUUGUUACUUUUUUCUCAGUGAAUGGAAAGUAGAGAUGGCACCUAUUUAAUCAUCAUGAUGUAACCCGUAAAUGCUGCUGAUCCGAGUGUAAAAAUCUCCUUUCAUACUCAACCCCUACACACUAGAAGAAUGAACGAAAUGGAGUGGAAUGUGCAGGAAGGAACCGGUCCUAAACUAGAGAAGUGUGGGCUUUGGGGUUUGAAAGAGAUAUUCUAAAACAAACCCUUUCCUCAGCUACCUCCGAAAACAACUGAUGACACAUUUCCGGUUUGAAGCUCAAUGCAAGGAUUUCUCUGAUUGAUUAUAUAGAUAUCAUCGCUGUUUAUUACGGAGACUAAAGGCCACUCCACGCUCCGCCCCCACGGUGCCGCGCCUCUGGGCUCUGCCCAUUGGGUAAUCCCGGCACCAGGCUCUCGGCUCCGUUUCCCUCUGUUCCAGCCGCAAAGGUGCUGUGGCCUCGGAUCUAACCUUAAUAUCCAAUGCAAAAUGUUUCCCAAAAUCUUCUCCACUCGGACGGGAACGUAUACCAUCCUAAGGCGUUUCCUUGCCUCUCUAGGUAGCUGGAUUCCAGUUCUGAAGAACUAUCUGCCAGAUAUUCGACACAAGCAUACGACCUUCAGCAACCUAAAGGGUCUGCAAAGUAUCGCCUCAUUAGUAGCCACUGUAGAGGAGACACCUCAGCCCAUCUCUGCCAAGAUCCAAGGCCAUUUUCCUAAGUGGCUCGAAGGUUGCCUGAUCCGGAUAGGACCUGGAAAGUUUGAAUUUGGAAAGGAGAAGUAUAAUCAUUGGUUCGAUGGCAUGGCUCUGCUUCACCAGUUCAGAAUGGAGAAGGGGAAUGUGACAUAUAGAAGCAAGUUUCUGCAGAGUGAUACGUAUAUGACAAACAGCAUUUACAACCGGAUUGUAGUCUCAGAAUUUGGGACCCUGGCCCUGCCUGAUCCAUGCAAGAAUGUUUUUGAGCGCUUCAUGUCAAAGUUUGAAUCCUCUAAGAUUACAGAUAACACCAAUGUCAGCUGUGUGAGGUACAAAGGCGAUUACUACAUCAGCACUGAGACCACCUACAUGAAUAAAGUGGAUCCGGAAACCCUGGAGAAAACAGAAAAGGUAGACUGGGGCGAGUUUAUUGCAGUGAAUGGAGCAACCGCACAUCCUCAUUAUGACCCUGAUGGCACUGCUUACAACAUGGGGAAUUCCUAUGGGCCACAUGGUUCUUGCUAUAAUGUUAUCCAGGUUCCUCCUCAGAAAGUGGACCCUGAGGAGACAAUCCAUGGAGCUCGAGUGAUAUGUUCCAUUCCUUGUGACCAAAAGAUGAAACCUUCUUACUACCACAGCUUUGGAAUGACAAAGAACUAUAUUAUCUUCGUUGAGCAGCCCCUAAAGAUGAACCUGUGGAAAAUCAUCACUUCCAAAAUUCGGGGGAAGCCCUUCAUGGAUGGGAUUAGCUGGGAACCCCAGUAUAAUACAAAGUUUCUUGUGGUGGAUAAACAUACAGGACAACUCCUUCCAGAGGUAUUUUACAGCAAACCUUUUCUUUAUUUUCAUCAAAUCAAUGCCUUUGAGGACGAGGGCUGCAUUAUACUGGAUCUGUGCUGCCAGGAUGAUGGUAGAGUUCUGGAUGCUUACCAGUUACAGAAUCUACGGAAAGCAGGGGAAGGGCUGGACCAGGUCUACAAUUCAGUGGCAAGAGCUUUCCCCCGAAGAUUUGUUUUGCCAUUGGAUAUCAGCACGAAAGCCUCCGUGGGACAGAACCUCAGUCCAUUGACCUAUUCAUCAGCUAGUGCUGUGAAACAGGCGGAUGGAACGAUCUGGUGCUCUCAUGAAAAUCUCCAUCAUAAGGAUCUGGAGGAGGAGGGAGGCCUAGAAUUUCCCCAGAUCAACUAUACCCAAUACAACAGCAGGAAGUACAGAUUCUUUUAUGGCUGUGGCUUUCGGCACCUGGUGGGAGAUUCCCUAAUCAAAGUUGAUGUUGUGACUAAAAAACUAAAGGUAUGGAGGAAGGAUGGAUUUUAUCCCUCAGAGCCUGUUUUUGUUCCAAUACCAGGAGCCAAUGAAGAAGAUGGUGGGGUUAUUCUUUCUGUAGUGAUCACUCCCAACCAGAAUGAAAGUGCCUUUCUGUUGGUGCUAGAUGCCAAGACCUUUGAAGAGCUGGGUCGAGCAGAAGUGCCUGUGCCAAUGUCCUAUGGCUUCCAUGGCACCUUUAUUCCCAGGCACUAAGGAUGCUGUCAAGGCUAUGAAGACCAAGUAGGGAAUGAAACAGCCUAGUACACCAGCACCAGAGAUUUCUUCCUUAUUAAACCAAAUGAAUCAAUAAACAUUUAUUAAUCAUCUACGAUGUGCCAGGCACAGGCUAAAUAAACACUGAGGAUUUUUAAAAAGGCAAAAGACAGCUCUUGCCCAUAAAAGGUUAUAAUCCAUUCCAAGCACCUGCAGCUAAGAAAAGAGACUGUUGUCUUGACCAUCUAAAUCUUGGACAUUGGAGAGUAACUUUGAAUUUUUCAUGAAAAAUACCAUUCACGAGAGUGUAUAAUUUUGUAUUCUCAGAGUGCUUUUACUAUUAUACUGAAAAAAAAAAAGAAAUAAAAUGUUAAGUUGGAUUGCAAUAUCUCAAAUUUGUAUAGCAUUCUAAUAAAAAACAACAACAACCAAA